UCAUAGGGUUUACAUCACCAUUAAUAAUGCCGGCCUGGACGCCAUAGUUCAUAUCGCCAAAGGAUGCCGUUAGCGCCAUAAGUGUAGCUGUAAGGUAUGCGAUAGUCGAGUAGGCUGUCUGUAGUUACAGUCCAGUCGUACCCAGCCUCAUGUGAUCAGCUCUCGGCUCUCAGCCCCAGCUUCCCCUCAUACAAAUUGUAUCAGCUAACAAGCUUUGCUCUAUCCUCUUUCUCCCUAAGUCUGACUUCUACUUCAGCAUUUCUACCCUUGCUGAUUCCUCAGUCGCCGUCAGACCCACAAUGGCCGACCCACUUAGCAUUACAGCCGCAGUCGUGGGCAUCACUGCGCCAGCCUUAGAAGGCGUACGACUACUUCUAAAUGACCUACAGCAGCUCAAAGACGCACCAAAGACUGUUAGGCGCCUGCUAGAGGACGUCCACUCUGUUGAUGCAGCGCUUAGCCUUCUCCAAAGCGUAGAGAAUAGGGAGUGGCAGUUGCUUGGCUCAGAUGUUAGUAAAGAGUCAGAGAGGACAAUCAGCAGCUGCACGCAAGCAUGCUCUCUCUUCCGGACCGACCUUCAACGAUGGACCAGGCACUCAGAGGAUGGGAAACUGGCGUGGCAAGAUCGCGCGAAAGUAGGACUCCUCAAGCAAGGGCAAAUCAAGGCGAUGUCUGAGCAGUUCCAAAACUGUAAACUAACCGUCAAUUCAAUUGUGAGCAUAGCAACUAGGUAUAGCUCUGUGCGUCAUAGCCACAUUACAGAGGACAUCAAGAAGACGAUUUCGGAGAAACAGGAGGAAGUGAAGAGUGCAAUUACCGCGACAGACAGACAGUUAAUCGUUCUGGAUAAUAAGCUGGAAGAGCUGGGUCUCAGCAGCGAUGAUGAAGUCGCAGUCGGGCCUGAUGAAGACAAAGCGAAAGCGUUGCAGCAGUAUAAGGAGGAGCGCAAGGCGAUAGUCGCAUCGCGGAGACUACUAGACG